AUUUGGUGUUUCAGAUCGUCGGUACGGAACUAAAUUUAGCUUUUUUCGCGGUAUUUCUAUCCCCUGUUCGCUUCCACCAUGGUGAUGAUGAUGGAGUAUGUGUUUAACAUUGACACCGGCUACCUCGAGGGCCUGUGUCGCGGCUUUAAGAACGGAAUUUUGAAACAAAGCGAUUACCUCAACCUCGUACAAUGCGAAACCCUGGAAGAUCUAAAGCUUCACCUUCAGAGCACCGACUAUGGCAGCUUCUUGGCAAACGAAGCAGGUCCUUUAGCGGUUUCUGUCAUAGACGAUAAGCUUCGCGAAAAGCUUGUUGUGGAGUUCCAGCACAUGAGGAACCAAGCCGUGGCGCCUCUGUCAACUUUCCUGGAUUUUAUCACGUACAGUUACAUGAUCGACAACAUCAUCUUAUUGAUCACGGGAACACUGCAUCAGCGUCCGAUUUCCGAGUUGAUUCCGAAGUGUCAUCCGUUGGGAAGUUUCGAGCAAAUGGAAGCCAUCCACGUUGCGUCAACUCCAGCUGAACUUUACAACGCUGUUCUCGUUGACACUCCUUUGGCGCCGUUUUUCGUCGACUGCGUUUCGCAACAGGAUUUGGACGAAAUGAACAUCGAGAUUAUCCGUAAUACCCUGUACAAGGCUUAUCUGGAGGCAUUUUACAAGUUCUGCGAGGAUUUGGGCGGUGCGACGGCUGAAAUCAUGUGCGAGAUCCUCGCAUUUGAAGCCGACAGGAGAGCAUUCAUCAUCACGAUCAACGCAUUUGAGGCCGAGCUGACUAAAGAAGAUCGUGCCAAAUUGUAUCCUCGUUGCGGGAAACUGUUUCCCGAUGGGCUUUCCAUGUUGGAAAAGGCGGAUGAUUACGAGCAGGUGAAGGCGGUGGCGAGUUACUACACCGACUACGCCAUGUUGUUCGAAGGCGCCGGGAAUAACCCAGGCGAGAAAACACUGGAAGACAAGUUCUUCGAGCACGAAGUGAAGUUGAAUGUGAACGCCUUCCUCCAACAAUUCCACUACGGAGUCUUCUACGCCUACCUUCGCCUGAAGGAACAAGAAUGCAGGAACAUUAUGAAGACGUUGAAUUUCAAUGUGGGUGUUCUCGGCCAUGUAGACAGUGGGAAAACGUCGUUGUGUAAAGCCCUGAGCACUGUUGCGAGCACCGCCUGUUUCGACAAGAAUCCGCAAUCAAAAGAAAGAGGCAUUACUUUGGAUCUCGGGUUCAGUUCGUUUGUUGUCGAUUUUCCCGAGAGACUCAAACCUGAGGCGGAUUUUGAAAAGCUUCAAAUCACGCUUGUGGAUUGUCCUGGUCAUGCGUCUCUCAUCAGGACGAUUAUUGGAGGUGCUCAAAUCAUCGAUUUGAUGAUGCUGGUUGUGGACGUAACGAAAGGCAUUCAAACGCAGACCGCGGAGUGUAUUGUGAUCGGGGAAAUCGCUUGCUCAAAACUGAUCAUCAUUUUGAAUAAAACAGACCUCGUACCAGCUGAAAAGAGAGAAUCCGUUAUAGCUAAGCUCAGCAAGAGAUUAUUAGCCACGCUGAGUGAAACGAGGUUCAAGGACGUGAAGGUGGUUUCUGCAGCAGCGACACCUGGUGGAGCGGAUGCCGGUGAUGUGGCGCCUGAGGGUGUUGAUGGUGUCGUGGAAUGUUUGAAAGACGCGGUUUAUAUUCCUCAACGUUCUUCCAAGGGGAACAUGGUGUUUGCUGUCGAUCACUGUUUCAGCAUCCGGGGACAGGGCACGGUCAUGACUGGCACUGUGGUCUCUGGCCAAAUCAAAGUCAAUGAUAAUGUGGAUAUCCCAGCAAUGAAGGUGACCAAGAAGGUGAAGUCAAUGCAGAUGUUUCACAAACCAGUGGAUGUGGCUGUCCAAGGAGACCGUGUGGGCAUUUGUGUGACCCAGUUUGACCCCAAGUUGCUGGAAAGAGGCAUCGUUUGUUCCCCUGACACUGCAGUCACGAUUUAUGCCAGUAUCAUCAGUGUGGAAUCCAUCAGGUUUUUCAAGGGCCAGGUGGCAACGAAGGCCAAGUUCCACAUCAGCAUGGGCCACGAAACCGUCAUGGCAAAGCUGACGUUUUUUGGCAGUGAUUCCAGUGGAAAUUUUGACUACUCGAACGAAUAUAGAUUCCAGAAAGAGUUGCGAAGACGGGAUCGCGAAGAGCAGCGAGUGGGAGAAACAUUGGACGAAGGAUCCUCGGUUUUGGAUCCCUUUCCUGAAGCACAGUUUGCUUUGCUUGAGUUUGACAGAGCUGUCACUGUUAUACCGGAAUGCCUUGUGUUGGGAUCCAAGUUGGACACUGAUAUUCAUGCAAAUCUGUGUCGUCUGGCGUUUCAUGGCAAACUUUUGGACCACUUCUCUGAUCCGAAGUAUGCUGAGAAAUCUUUGCCGAAACUGAAAGUAUUCAAAGACAAGAAGAAGGAAGGGGUAGUUGAAAGAGCACCGAACGAAUAUGAAGUGAUUGUGAAGAAUCUUUUCAAGAAAGAAACGGAUCUUAAUUUGUUUGCUGGGCUUCAAGUCAGUCUGUCUACUGGAGAAAAUGGAACUGUGGAAGGAGGCUUUGGGCAAAGUGGGAAAGUAAAAAUCCGUGUUACAGGUGGUCUUAAACCGGAGACAUUCCUGAGUGUGGGGGGUGCAUCUAAGAAGAAAAAAGUUGAGAAACCAGAUGGUGGUGGUGAAAAGAUUACCGUGACAAUGGCUUUCAAGAGAUUCAUUUUUGACCCCAAGAAAGGGUUUCUGCAAUCCUGA